CUCCUUUGGUAUGAUAAUUUUGAGAUGUUUGAGCAUCCGAUAGAUUUGCGGUUGAAUUUGCUUCAUAGUUACCAAUCAAGUCCACCUUGUAGCCAUAUUGAUGUAAUAUUGGUAGGAGUUGUUCAAGCUAUUCUGAAGAUUAUUUGGUAAAGUAUGUUAAAAGCCUUAAAACCAUCCACACUGUUUGACCUAGUAAGCCACUUUUUUGACAUUAUCUUAAAGAUAUAACCAAUCUUGCUUAAAAUUGUAGACGAGUGUAUUCAUUUUGAUGUUACUCAUAAUAUGAACACAUUAAAUAAUAUACAUGAAAAAUUGGGAAAUGGUUAAAGAAGUGAUGUUGGAUCAUGUUAGAAUAUUAUGCAUACAUUAAAAAAUAUUUUCCAAGAAUACUUCGAAGCGUGUUUGGCAGUGUUAGGUGGAGGACAGACCCCACAUCUAUUGUAUACGUCACCACUGUUGUUUUGAAUGGAAAGUCUUUCAGAGAGGUUGAGAAUUCUUGUAUUAGAUCUAAAUUUAAUGUGAAUAAAAUUCUGCUAACCAGUUGAAAAUAACACAGCCAUGCUUAAUACAUAGUCUGGGAAAUAAUAAUUGAAAUUCUUUUCUCACAAGAAGCAAUGACAAUUUUAAUGAAUGCACUAGAUGAAUUUAAACAUUUUUAUAAAGGUCUUAAGUCAGGUGCUACAGAUUGAAAAGAAGACUCAUGAUAUUUUUAAUUGCUAUAGACACCUUUAAGAAAUUUAGAGCCCAUUGUUUAUUGCCAAGCAAAUUACAAUAUUGAUUGGAUGUUUUUUAAAAUAAUUAAAAUCUUAGAAAGUGUAAUAAAUAUAUCAGUCAAGAAAAUGAAGUUCUGCAUUAACUGUGAAUUUUACUAAAUAUGACUAUUUGAUGAAGCAAAUUUACCCAAAACCAUUUGGUGUUACUGUAUGUAUGCUGUUGGUGCUGGAAGAUGUCUAUGUGCUUGUAUCAACACGUGACUUCAUGUAAAGAUUCUUAAUCUUCACAGUUCUUGACAAAUGCAGUUUCAAUCCUUAUGUAGCCAGCAGUGGAUGUUACUGUGGGAAAAUGCAGGAUUAAAUUGUCCUUGUGGAUAACGUGUGAAUCUUCUUUGACCUGAAAUUUAAAAUGCAGCACAGUUUAAUCUCUGAUUAAAAUGUACUAAUAGCUCAAGAAAUGACUAAUUCAUAAUUCUCUUUAUGUACAUAUUAUGUAAAUGUUUUCAGUUUAGUAUUUUAGCAAAAAGAAUACUAAUCUUCAAACAGCCUUAUCAUAUAUAUAUGAGGUUUACCAUAUUAAGCUGGCAACUUCAAAUGCAAAUACAGUUUUGAUAUGUAGUAUUCUACUCAUUAAAAAAAAAGAUGCUGACCAAAACCUUUUUAUUAUAUAGAAGCUUCAGUAAAUCAGCUGUUGCUUAAAAUAAUAAUCCAUGGUAGCUUUCUUACUUUUAGUUGAAAAGAUGAUAAGUUGUUAAGGUGAUGUCUCCCUCUUAGAUCUUGUCAAUUAUUUCCUAAAUUCCUUAGGAAAAAAGGUAGGGAGAGUGGAAUGAGUCCGUUUAGUCCAAGUUUGAAUUAGACUAAGUGUAAAAUCAGAUGCAGUGUAAUUCUUGUUUCAGAAACAUCAUUUUAUGUUAAAAAAAGUUAACAUCUUUAAAGAUACUUUGUUUUAAAGAAAACCUGUAGGAGUGAACUUACGAGAUUUUUAACUUGCAACUAAUGAUAAUCCUCACCACAUCCAAUUAAUAUUUACCAACAAUCUCAUAAAAUGAGCCUCAUUUCUUACUACUUUCUGUACACAUCCUUUUACAGUGAGUAUUGGGCAUAUGCUUGCCUGGUGAGUGAUAAGCAUUUUAGGGUUUCCUAGAAAAAUACCAAAUCUUACGAUGGUGAAAUUUGAGAAGGAUGUGAAUUAAAAUUUGCCUUCCUGAUUUAAAAUUUUAAGAAUUGUCUUGUUGUUUCUAAACAUGAGCCUACCUACCUUAGAAGAGGCAAGUGUCACCCAAAUCAGUAAAGCUUCAAAGCAAGUUCUUAGGGUUUGUUUUUCCAUUUUCAGGAUGUCUUUUAUGAACACAAGAGUAUGUUUUGCUAACUCAUAGUCAACCAAAAAGUAAAGUUGAAACUGUAUUUGGUAAUUUGUCUUGCCAGAAAGGCCAUUUUAUGGGUUAAGCAGUAGGGGAUGGGCCACCAGGGGCUAAACGUGAUAAGUAGUAUAUUUUCAUAGUCCAGUUCCUGUAUAACGGAGUAAAAGGGGGAAAGAGGGUGACUAUGAAAUAGCACAUGGAAAAGCUUAGCUUCAACCCAGAAUGUGGUACAUUUUGUCAUGACCAAGUGCAAGAUUCUCUUUACUAUUCAGGAACUACACUGAGUCCAAAAAAUAUUCUUUUUUCCCCCCUGUUUAUCUAUGAUGCUUAGCUUAGAACUGUCUGCUAGGAUGGCCAGCAGCUAUUAACUGCCAGGGCUGUCGUUCGGUAGGGGAAGACGGAAAUAAGUGAGCAACUCAAAUGCCACAAGCUAGCGUGAUGGCAGAAACGGUCUUCAAUGGCUUCAUCGGUCCCCUACGGACCGAGGGUAAUGGGAUUUACAUUCUCAGAGGAGCCCUGCGAGCGCCCGCGGACCCUGCCCGGAAGAACGCGCGGCUGGAAAAGAAACGGGGGCAGCGCGCGACGCCGGGUGGGGACUCGCCUCCCGCGCGGCUGCCGAGGUGUCGCGAGAGCCGGGCGGCCUCUUGGCGGCGCCGGAGCGGGUAAGGGCCCCGCGCGUUCCGCUGGACAGGCGGUUUGGUGGGCUUGCUUUUGCCAGCCGAGGGCGCCGGCCUCCCGGGCUCGGGGCUGGCCCCCGCCGCUCCUGGCAGGCGCACCUAUGGCGUUUCUAAGGUGACGCUGCGCACACCGACUUCAUCUGGCGGCGGAGAAAACACGUAUGAACCCUCCGGUGACCCUCCUCGCCGGGCGUCAGGUGAGCGGCCGCCGCUUCUGCCGAACAUCGGGUCAGAAGUUGAGAUUUCCACUGUUGAGAGACAGCGGAAAGAGCUGCAGCUGCUCAUUGGAGAACUGAAAGAUCGAGAUAAAGAGCUCAAUGAUAUGGUUGCAGUACAUCAGAGACAACUUCUUUCAUGGGAAGAAGAUCGGCAGAAAGUGCUGACUUUGGAAGAACGUUGCAGCAAAUUAGAAGGUGAACUUCAUAAAAGAACUGAAAUAAUCAGGUCACUCACAAAGAAGGUAAAAACUCUUGAAUCUAAUCAAAUUGAAUGCCAAACGGCUCUUCACAAGACUCAGCUGCAGUUUCAGGAAAUGACUCAAAAGGCAACUCAUUCCUCUCUCCUCUCUGAAGACCUUGAGGCUAGAAACGAAAAUCUCAGCAGCACGUUAGUGGAACUUUCUGCUCAGGUAGGACAGUUGCAAGCUCGAGAACAGUCCCUCACUACAAUGAUAAAGCUAAAGGACAAAGAUAUUAUUGAGGCAGUCAAUCACAUUGCAGACUGUUCAGGUAAAUUUAAGUUGUUGGAGCAUGCCUUGCGUGAUGCUAAGAUGGUGGAGACUUGUAUUGUGAAAGAAAAGCAAGAUUAUAAGCAGAAAUUAAAGGCACUUAAGAUUGAAAUCAAUAAACUAAAAGAGGAUCUAAAUGAAAAGACAACAGAAAAUAAUGAACAACGAGAAGAGAUCGUUCGCCUCAAGCAAGAGAAAGGUUGCCUGCAUGAUGAACUGCUUUUUACUGCAGAGAGAGAAAAAAGGAAAGAUGAAUUACUGGAUAUCGCAAAGUCAAAGCAAGAACGUACAAACACAGAACUGCAUAAUCUGAGACAGAUUUAUGUAAAACAACAGAGUGAUCUACAGUUUCUUAAUUUCAAUGUGGUAGAAAAUUCUCAGGAAUUAAUACAGAUACAUAACUCAAAGAUGGAAGAAUCAAAGGCUCUGGGAUCCAGCAGAGACAUGUGUUUAUCAGACCUUGAAAAUAACUACCCAAAAGCCAAUAUUAAGAGGGAGAAAAAUCAGAAGCCACUGGUUAAGGACCAAAAAUUUGAGACCACGUUGGUUCAGCAAAGUAGGUCAGACGAGAGCUCUUGUGAUAUAUGCAAAGAGAAGAAACUACAGUUCAGUACUUCAUUUGGGGAAAAAAGUGUAAUUGCUGUUUCAUCUCUAUUUGCAAAAGACUUAGUGGAGAAACAAAAGUCUUGGACUCUGGGAGGAAAAAUCCAGACUGAACUCGAAAACCAAAGUAUAUUGUGCAAGAUCAAUGCAAAAUCACCACAAGGUAAUAGAAUUGGGAUUCAGAACGAAGAGAAACAAUUCUCAGAAACAACAUCUUUAUCGGAUGAAAAACAGUGGCAUGACGUCAAUGUUUACUUGGGCCUGGACAACUGUUCUGGUUCAAAACAACCAGAAAAGCUGGAUUUUGAAUGUCAAGAUCACAUGGAAAGAUCUGGAGCCUCAUGUUGUCAUAAAAAUGAAGCCUGUCUAGGUGAAAAUGACAUGUAUGAAUCCAAGUGCUGCCAUCCAAGUAACUUCAUAAUUGAAGCCCCAGGCCACAUGUCUGACAUGGAGUGGAUGAGUAUUUUCAAGCCUUCUAAAGUGCAAAGAAUUGUUCGCCACAAAUCCGUGUGCACUUGUUCAGAAAAUGCCAUUGGAACAAAAUAUAACUCUUCAACAAGUGAGCUGGUUGCCAUCCAGCACUCCCACUGUUUGGGUUCUUCAGAAUCUGCCCUAAGAGAUGAUGAGAAGCUGGUAGAGACAGAGUCCUCUUCUGAUAAAAAGAACUCACCUAAGAUUUUGUUUAUGAACAAAGAAGCCGCUCUGCCCAGUGAAAAGGAUGAUUUUUCUCCCACAAGCAAGCUUCAGCGUUUGCUGGCAGAGUCUCGUCAGAUGGUUACAGAUUUGGAGCUGAGUACCCUGCUCCCCAUCAGCUCUGACAGCUUCAACAGCAGUGCCAAAAACAAUUUACAAGUCUCAGAAGAGUCAGCUCAAAAAAAUACUUGUUUCAGUAAUUGAAGAAAAACAAAAGUCAAGUUUAUUAUUCAUUGUGAUCAUGGAAGCCAAUUUCUCAUCUAUGUGGAAGGCAGGAAGCAGACAUCAAUACCUAAUACUUAACCUUGAAAACAAAAAGAGGACUGUAAUCCUUUGUGAGCAACAUUUAAUACCAAAGGGAAGCAGAAACUGAGAGUUAAUUUUUAAACAUCUAUAUUUUGUUUGUUUUUAAAAGUUAACCAUUUCAUGUGUAAGAAAUCAGACCUUACUGUGUAUUAUAUAUAUACAGACUUGGAAUUAUACUAAAAGAGAAAAAGACUUCUCUGUAAAGAUGCAGGCUAUCAUUAAUACUAGAGAAGCUCUUUAAAAGUGUGAACAUCAAAUAGAGAACCCUUGCAUAUAAAAUGCUAUUUUCAUUUUCUUAUUUUUUAAAGCUGUGCAUACAUUUAAAUUAUAACCAAGAGUUUAUCAGAGUUAGCUCCAAAUACAUGAGAAAUACUAUUCUUUUGAGGUUUUACUUUGGUUUUUGCUGUGUGAAAUAAACAUAAAAUGGUAUGCUAUAAAAAAUUUUUAACUGGAAAGUACUCCUUGGCUACUGACAAUUGAGGUCCCUCUGUCCCAGAGCUGAGCAGAGUCCCAUCUUGUCUGGGUCUGUAAUAGUCGCAUCUACUUACACAAACAAAAGCUUUAUGGAAUAUCAAGUUUUAUGUGCAUUUUUUAUCAUUAAAGACUAAAACACUUCCAUUUUAAUUUGUAACUUAAUUUUUUAAAGAAUAUACUAUUGUGCCUCUGUCCCUUCUAAGAGAAUUAAUCAGCCUUAGUAAAUAAAAAUUAUUUUUAAUAAUAAAGAAAAAUAAUAUUC